AUGUCGCACACUCCUCACAGUACUAAAAACUCACUCUCUAGCCGAAGGAAUUCAAGAGUUGUAUCGUCGGGUCCACUGGGUUUUGUCGAACAUUGUGUGGUACCACAUGCUCCUAGCAAUAAUGGUUUCUUCAUCUCUCCCUCUACCGUAUCCACAGUUCAUCAUCAUCAUCACGGUACUCCGAAACAUGAAAAACCUCAACAACAGUCUUUCACAACCCCUCAAAAUCAUACCCACAAGUUUGCUUGUACAAGAGAUACUUUUCUCGAAAAUACAAUCAUUGACACACAAAACAAAAUCAUCUCAAGCGACACUUCCACGCCGAAUGCUGAACUCAACGAAGAAUCAUCCAUGGAAGUCCUAAAUAACCACACUCCUUUAUCUUCCGAAGAUCAAUAUUUACAACACUAUCACCAUGAUUCACCUGCUCCUGCCAAACCGUUCUCGGAAAAACGUUACUCAAAAACUUCUAGUUCCAUCAGCAGUAUGAAAAAGUAUGUAAUUAGUGGGGGAGAGAUAAUGAAUUAUACUUCUCCAAGAAACGCUUCCACAAGGAAUUCUCUCACUAAACGAAAGCAAAAUAUAAUGACGGAGUUUCAUUCGUUGCCUUCGACGCUAGCUCUUGUACCAAUAACUAACUCAACAACCUUCUUUAUGAAGUUACAUUGUUCUUUCUGUGGAGGAAAAAAUUGUAAAUAUGAAAAUUAUUUAAAAACACCUCCAAACGAAACUCAACUUAAAGAAAUGCAUAAAUCAAGCAAUAGUAACUUAUUGACAACACCACGAAGACGACGAAAAUUUUGGGCAAUUGAGGGUUUAAAUUCCCAUUACGUUCUUGACAACAUUAUUGCUUCACAGAGACCUUCGUCAAGAUUGGUUCAGAAAUAUCACAUCAUUGACCAAUUUAAAAAACACAACAUCAUCGCUGUUGUCAAUUUACAAGAAAGAGGAGAACAUCCUUAUUGCGGCGAUGGAAUUUUGGAAAAAACAGGUUUUUCCUACGACCCAGAAGAUGAUUUUAUGAAACACAAGAUUUCUUACUAUAAUUUCGCGUUUCCAGACAUGUCAAUUCCUAAUUUUGAUGAAAUGAUAGCAAUUGUAAAGGCAAUGAAAAUGGAUAGUGAAAAGGGAAAGGUCAUGGUGCAUUGUCAUGCUGGCCUUGGAAGAACUGGGUUGGUCAUUUGUUGCUACUUAUUGUAUACUAAACAUUUUUUCUCUUCAAAGAAAGCCAUAGAUUUUGUGAGGAGCAAACGACCUGGGAGCAUCCAAACCAAGUCACAAGUGAAAUUUGUUUAUGAUUUUUUUGCAUACUUGACGGAAAACAGAACAAUUUUUGUUUGCAAAUCUUUGAAAUCAGCAAUGGAAAAGCAGAGAGUUAUAGCUUGUGGUACUGAAUAUCUCCUGUUGCAAAGAAUUCCAAAAAUUGUGCAUGAAAUUUGCAACAAAAUGUCUCACAUUAUUUUUGCAACACAAGAUUUGUCACAGCUUUUGGUGGACUUCUUUUUGCUUAAUCCUGACUCGUUAUUUCAAAAAAUUGAAACUUUAAAAGAGAGCUUGAAUCAUGACGACUGGACUGCUCUAAGAAAAUGUAACUCUUUUCCAACACUCGUGUAUUUGUUGUUGGAAUGGUUUGAGACAUGUAGCGAACCUGUUAUUUUCACCAAAGAUUUAAGGCAAAACAGUUCUGAUGAAUUAGGAGCCUUACUUCUCUCCAAAAACCGAAUAGUGGAAGUUGAGAUUGUCAAUGCUCUGGUGAAGGCUUUGUCGCAAUUGUACCGUCGUUUGAGUCAUCACUCUCUUGUGGAUUCCUUCAUUUUGUUGAUAUUUUCCAAGAUGUGCAAAACUCUGCUGGAUUCAAAAGAUGUCUUUUUCCUCUCACUUCAAAAACAAAUGAAGAAAGGAUCCACCUUUAAGGUGUAG